AUGAGUUGCCAAGCAUUUACUUCAUCUGACACCUUUGUACCCCUGAAUUCUGACUCUUCUCCCUCUCUGCCUCUGAUAAUGCAUCACAGCGCCGCAGAGUGCCUGCAUGUUUCUAACCAUGCCACCAAUGUUGUAUCUACAGUCCCAUCUGUUUUGUCUUUGGUCCAAACUCAUACGUUCCUGUGCAUUCACUUUGGCACGACGACGCUGGGACACGCUUUGGCAGGACUUCAUUACUCUGUGCCCUCCUGUCAUUAUGGAAACCAACCAUCUACCUAUGGGGUGAUGGCAGGCAUCAAGCCUUCAACUCCAGAGAUGCUGUCGGCAAGUCUCUCCCAGACUCGCAUCUUGCAGACAUGCAGCGUGCCCCAUCCCAAUGUGGUAAACAGUGUCAGCACCUUGCAAAGCAAUCUGACCCCUUGCCUUUAUAAAUUCCCGGAGCACGCCCUGAGUGCCAGCUCCUGUGCCCUGGGCCACGGCUUCACUCCCAUGCACCAGCCCCUCCUCACAGAUGAUCCCACUGCCACGGACUUCAAGCAGGAGUUCCGCAGGAAAAGCAAGUCCGUUGAAGACCCCGUCGACAUGGACUCCCCUGAGAUCAGGGAACUGGAGAAAUUUGCUAACGAAUUUAAGCUGCGGAGAAUUAAGCUGGGUUACACACAAACCAACGUUGGAGAAGCACUGGCCGCUGUGCACGGCUCUGAGUUCAGCCAAACAACCAUCUGCCGGUUUGAAAACUUACAGCUGAGUUUCAAGAACGCCUGCAAACUGAAAUCCAUACUGUCCAAGUGGCUGGAGGAAGCAGAACAAGUAGGAGCUUUAUACAAUGAAAAAGUUGGAGUGAAUGAGCGGAAGAGGAAGCGCAGAACCACCAUAAGUAUUGCUGCCAAAGAAGCCCUAGAGAGGCACUUUGGAGAACAAAGCAAACCUUCUUCUCAAGAAAUUAUGAGGAUGGCUGAGGGGCUCAACCUUGAGAAAGAAGUUGUAAGAGUUUGGUUUUGCAACAGAAGACAACGGGAAAAAAGAGUUAAGACGAGUUUACAUCAGAACACCUUCAGUUCUAUUAUCAAGGAGCACCAUGAAUGCCGGUAAAGCUUUUCCAUGUAUAGAUGUGGAUUUCUGUUUUGGUUUUUG